UGGGACCCUUCUCCCAAAAAAGCAAAGGGUGUAAGACACCACCCCCACCCCCCGGGGACCUUGGACGACUAUACCCCUUUCCCACCUUUGAACCGGCUGCUGCAGUUCCUUCUCUUCCCCAGGAGGGGGCAACCUUGCAUUAGCAUCGCGCCCUCAGCUGCGCCGGUUGCCAUUUCUGCUCCGCCAGGGGGCGCCUGUGAAACUCCCCAUUCUAAUGCAAACUUCAGCCACCCCCCUCCAGCCUGAGAAUCCAAACGCGCACAUGCACGCAGCUCCCAACCUUGCAGCUACCUGUCUGUGCCUGCCUGCCUGCUUCCUCCUCCUCCUGCUGCGCCUCCUGGCCCAGCCCAGCCGGAGAGGAAGAGGGCGAACGGAGCAGGAAUGUUCUGAAGGGAGCAGUUGCUCUCCGUCCUCCUCCCCCCUCCCAGCCGCCACCACCUCCAUCAACUUUGGGGCCGCUUUUGCUUUGGGGGAGAAAGAAAAAGCGCCCCAUCUUCCCGGGGACUUUCUCCCAGCGCCUGCGACGAGGAGCGAGGGAGCCGUUGCGGGCAGCUCAGGCGCCCCGACGAGCCUUUGAUGGGCGCCACCUGCGAAGGCGGGAUAACAACCAGGAACUGAGUCUGGCUGAAUGUUGGCAGUAAAAUUCCACCAUGGUCAGCAAAGAGCGCUACCAUUGGCAGACGCAGAAUGUCAAACAGAGUGGGGUGGAUGACAUGGUACUCCUCUCCAAAAUCAGCGAGGAUGCCAUCGUGGAGAAUCUCAAGAAGCGGUUCAUGGAUGACUAUAUCUUCACCUACAUCGGUCCUGUGCUGAUUUCCAUUAACCCCUUCAAGCAAUUGCCGUACUUCACCGACCACGAGAUCGACAUGUACCAGGGAGCGGCUCAGUAUGAAAACCCUCCCCACAUCUAUGCGCUGGCUGAUAACAUGUACCGGAACAUGCUGAUUGACGGGGAGAAUCAGUGCGUCAUUAUCAGUGGGGAGAGUGGCGCCGGCAAGACAGUAGCGGCCAAAUACAUCAUGAGUUACAUCUCCAAGGUCUCCGGCGGAGGUCCCAAAGUGCAGCACGUGAAGGAUAUCAUCCUGAAGUCCAACCCACUCCUGGAGGCUUUUGGGAAUGCCAAGACCGUGCGGAACAACAACUCAAGCCGAUUUGGCAAAUAUUUUGAGAUCCAGUUCAGCCGGGGCGGGGAGCCAGAUGGAGGCCAGAUCUCCAACUUCCUGCUGGAGAAGUCUCGCGUGGUUAGCCAGAACCCAGGAGAGAGGAACUUCCACAUCUAUUACCAGCUGCUGGAAGGAGCAAGCCCGGAGCAGCGAGAAAAUUUGGGUAUCACCACUCCAGAUUAUUACUACUACCUCAACCAGUCGGCAGCCUACAAGGUGGACGAUGUGGAUGACCACCAGGAGUUUCAGGAGACGCUGACAGCCAUGGGCGUGGUGGGUCUCUCAAGGGAAGAGCAGGCCUUGGUGGUCCAGAUUGUCGCCGGGAUCCUCCAUUUGGGCAACAUCACAUUCCGGGAGUCAGGGAAUUACGCCAUGGUGGAGAGCGAGGACUUCCUGGCAUUCCCCUCGUACCUCCUGGCCAUUGACCAGCAACGGCUCAAGGAGAAGCUGACCAGCCGGAAGAUGGACAGCAAGUGGGGCGGAAGGCAGGAAGUCAUCGAUGUGACACUGAAUGUGGAGCAGGCCAACUUCACCCGCGACGCACUCUCCAAGGCCCUCUACUCGCGCCUCUUUGACUACCUGGUGGAUGCUGUCAACAAGGCCAUGCAAAAGGAUAAUCAGGAAUACAGCAUUGGCGUUCUUGAUAUCUACGGCUUUGAGAUCUUCCAGAAAAAUGGUUUUGAACAGUUUUGCAUCAACUUUGUGAACGAGAAGCUGCAGCAGAUUUUCAUCGAGCUGACGCUGAAGGCUGAACAGGAGGAGUAUGUGCAGGAGGGUAUCCACUGGAACCCCAUUGACUACUUCAACAACAAGGUUGUGUGUGACCUCAUCGAGAACAAAGUGAAUCCUCCGGGCCUGAUGAGCAUCCUGGACGACGUGUGUGCCACCAUGCACGCCAAGGGCGAAGGGGCCGACCACACCCUCUUGCAGAAGCUCCAGUCUGCACUCGGAACCCACCCCCACUUCAACAGCUGGAACAAGGGCUUCGUCAUCCAUCACUACGCUGGCAAGGUCUCGUACGACGUGGAGGGUUUCUGCGAGCGCAACCGCGACGUCCUCUUUACUGACCUCAUUGAGCUGAUGCAGAGGAGUGAGAUCCCCUUCAUCCAAGAGCUCUUUCCGGAAAGCCUCAAUGCAGAGAAGAAAGGUCGUCCCACCACAGCCGGCAGUAAGAUCAAGAAACAAGCCAACAACCUGGUCAGCACGCUGAUGAAAUGCACCCCUCACUACAUCAGAUGCAUCAAGCCAAACGAGACCAAGAGGCCCCGUGAUUGGGAAGAGAGCAGAGUGAAGCACCAAGUGGAAUAUUUGGGCUUGCGGGAGAAUAUCCGGGUGCGCCGAGCCGGCUAUGCCUACCGGCGGACCUUCCAAAAAUUCCUCCAUAGAUACGCCAUCCUGACGCCACAGACCUGGCCAUCUUGGCGUGGGGACAAGAAACAGGGGGUGGUGCACCUGAUGAAAUCUGUCAACAUGGACCCUGACCAGUUUCAGCUGGGCCGGACCAAGGUCUUCAUCAAAGCCCCUGAGUCGCUUUUCCUCCUCGAGGAGAUGCGGGAGCGCCGCUACGAUGGCUACGCCCGUGUCAUCCAGAAGGCGUGGCGCAAGCAUGUGGCAGUGCAGAAAUAUAUCCAGAUGAGGGAAGAGGCAUCCAACAUUGUUUUGAACAAGAAGGAGCGGCGCCGGAACAGCAUCAACCGGAACUUUGUGGGUGACUACAUCGGCCUGGAGACGCACCCGGAACUCCGGCGCUUUGUGGGCCGGCGGGAGCGCAUUGACUUUGCUGACACUGUUGUCAAGUACGACCGGCGCUUCAAGACGGUGAAGCGGGACUUGAUCCUGACCCCCAAGUUCCUCUACCUGAUCGGCCGCGAGAAGGUGAAGCAAGGGCCGGAUAAAGGGGCCAUCAAGGAGGUCUUGAAGAGGCAAAUCGAAGUGGAGAAGAUCCAGUCAGUGUCCUUGAGCACCUUGCAGGACGACUUCAUCAUCAUCCACGAGCCGCAGUACGACAGCGUCCUGGAAUCCGUCUUUAAGACGGAGCUGUUGAGUGUGCUCUAUAAGCGCUAUGAAGAGAGGAUGCAGAAGCAGCUGCUGGUCAAGUUCAGCAACCAGCUGGAGUUCAAGGUGAAGAAAGACGGAUGGGGACCCUGGGGUGCCGCUGGAUCCCGGCAGAUCCAGUUCCAGAUCUGCCAGGGGGACUUAACCCUACUACGCAACAACGGCAAAGUGCUGGUGGUCAGCAUUGGUCCUGGCUUGCCCCGAAACGCCCGGCCUACCCGAAAAGACACCAGGAAGAGCCGGUGCCUUGGCGGGGGCACCUCUCUGGGCUGGAACACCCAGACUGGUACAGGCUCAAAGUGGAACAACCGUGGUGGUGAGGGUGCAGGAACAAGGCCCUCCUUCCAGCACCAUCUCUCCAUGACUAGGCAAGUUAGCAUGGAGCAGCCAAGCUUACCCCGUCAGGGAGCCAGCCGAAGGGCCAAAGUCCUCCCCACUCAGCUCAACCUGGAUUUCAUGAAUGUCCCGGACCAAGGUGUAGCAGGCCUCCAGCGGCGCCUCUCCAAGGAAGCCAAGCCCAUCCCGGGAGGAGGCCGGGCAAAACCCAAACCCCAGCCGAAACCUCAGCCACGCCUUCCCCAGUGCAGGGCCCUGUAUGCAUACGACGCGCAGGACACUGACGAACUGAGCUUCAAUGCCCACGAGUUCAUCGAAAUCAUUAAGGAAGAUCCUUCAGGCUGGUGGCGGGGCCGCAUCCGUGGCAAAGAAGGCUUGUUCCCAGGGAACUACGUCGAGAAAAUCUGAGGCUGCUGGCCCACUCUGUCCUGAGCUGCUAUAGGGGCUUGCCCCCCCCCCAUCCCAGUACUGACCAACUUGCUCUGGACUUUGUCUCAAGGCUGGAGAGUAGGGGAGGGUAUUCCCAGGAGGCUGCAGGCUGGAGAAGAGACUUCUACCAGCAAGAUGAGCUGCUUUGUGGCUGGGUGCUGAUCGGCUGGCUAGGUUAGCAGCCUGAGAAGUACCCACAUUGUCUUCCGUUGUACAAGGAGAAACCAUGUUUAUUUUAUAUAUAUUAAUGACUGCCCUGCUGCCUUAACAGCCAUGCUGGUGAAAAUGCCCAAAUGCCACAACUUUUAGAUCAAGAGUGGAAGAAAAAAGGUUGGAUCUCAUGUUUACCCCCCCCCAGCAGAGAAGGUGUCAAAUUCAUCUAUUGGGGGGGGGGGGAGCUGCAGUUUUUUUAAAGCUUCAAACCAGCAUCAGCAAGAAAGCCUCUGUUGCCCAGGGUCGGGGUUUGCACUCUGCAGUUGCAGAGGCUGAACAAGGUCGCAAGAGUUCCAUGCAAAAUCUCUGCUAGCAAGCAUCCCCAGAGGCCAAGCAAGCACUGUAACACAUGUCUAGAGGUUGGCAUUUUAACAGGGAAGGGACCAUAAAACCUGCAGAUGAAAUAAAUGAUCUACAGCAGGAACCUCUUUUUCUGUAAAUGGAUUUUUGGGCAAUAUAUUGAUGGUGUUUUUUUAGACAGUCUGGGUUGACUUUUCACUGGAAAAGGAACCCAAAGGGAACAUUUUUAUCAUGCAGUCAAGGAACAGCAACAGCUUUAGGGGCUUUUUAAAGAGGUUCAGACAAAUCUAUGGAAGAAGAAGAGGUCUAUGAUCAGCUUUUAUUUAUGUUUACUCACUUAGUUAUAGCAUUCUUGCCCUACUCUUUAGCCAAAAAGAGUGGCUUACAAAUGAGUCAUAAAAACAACAGCCACUAGUAUUGAUGGGAACCUGGUCCCUCCAAUUUCUAAGGCACACAUCCAUCCCAGAAGCAUUGGUGUGGGAAAUGGGAUGCUGAACCUGGUAGGAAUGUUGAUCUGAUCUAGCAGGACUCCUCUUUAAGGCCCUAGGUGGAAAAGGAACAGGGGAUCGCAAACUGAGGCCUGCACACUUCAUGCAAGUGAUCUGCGGCACAUCUGUGGUUAAAGAUAAGAUACGGCAUACCUCUCACAUUACACGUUCUUAUUGAUUUCCGGUUGUAUUUUUAUGGCUUCUUCCAUUUCUUAUAUAUUGUGUUGUUGUUAUACUACACUUUGAAGCCCACCAUGCAAUUCAAAUUGUAAUACAAUUUAUAAGAAAUUAAAACAGCAAGAAAAAUACAUCGGCUAGCCCAGCCUAUUACAGUUGCUACCACAGGCAAAAAAUCAUUAAGUGCUCUGCCAGGACCCUCAGCAGUUUUCAAAUCAUCUGUGAAGAAAAAACACACAAAUGUUUGGGAACCACUGCUUUAGAAGACAAAAUAUUAAUGAAUGGGAACUAGGCCUCGGUUAGAGGGAGGAGGCUCUGAGAAGGGAUGGCUUGCCUUCUAAAACUUCUCUGUGCCCUCAGUUUUU